GGCGCGGGGGACUGGGCGGUUGAAGCCGGGAGCGACCGCUGCCCUCGCUGCCGCCCAGGGCGCUUCCCCGCUCAGGAGCUUCCUCUGGGCCUCUGGACGGAGGCGCGCAGGGGCCCGGGAGGCGGGAACAAUGGGCCUUUCUAGGCGGUAUCAGGGCCGAUGCUCGUGGAUGCAGAGCAGUGACCAGCCCAGAACCGUACCGGCUUCCCGGGGCAGGGGCGACCCGAGCGCGCCGCUAACGGGAGCAACGGGCCCUGCCCCCGGUGGUGUAGGGGCCACCUCGCCCCGCCCAGCCCAGCCCGAUAUUGAUGGGGGCCCACGCCUUCAUUGUUUUUUUGUUGUUGUUUUGUUGUUUUUUUUUUUUUUUUUGAGACGGAGUCUCGCUGUGUUGCCCAGGCUGCAGUGCAGUGGCGCAAUCUCGGCUCACUGCAACCUCCGCCUCCCGGGUUCAAGCGAUUCUCCUGCCCCAGCCUCCCGAGUAGCUGGGACUACAGGCGGCCGCCACCACACCUGGCUAAUUUUUGUAUUUUUAGUAGACACGAGGUUUCACCGUAUUGGCCAGGCUGGUCUCGAACUCCUGACCUUGUGAUCCGCCCGCCUCGGCCUCACAAAGUGCUGGGAUUACAGGCGUGAGCCACCACGCACGGCCCAUUCGCGUUCUAAUUUCAGGCGUUCCUCAAUCCUCUGUGGAACCAGGAAGGGCGCAAAUUAUAAAGGGACUGGCCCAGCGCCGCCUCUGGGCAGGCUUUGGGCAGCGCCUGGCCCGCUGCCGGCUUGGACCUCCCAGUCCUAGGGGCCCGGUUCCCGGUGGAGGCUGCAGGGACCUCUGCCCCGCCCGCCCGGGGGAGGCCCGAGGGGCUGGACUCAGACUGAGAUUGAAUGCGGCUUUGUCUUCCUAGUUCAGCCCCGGCCCACACCUGGGGCUGAGUGGAAUCGGGAGCUUCGAGGGGUCUGGACAGAGAGACUGAUGCCAAGAAGGGGGUGGCCGAGCCAGAGGUUGAAGUGGGCUGGAUCCUGAGGCCCCCUGUUAAAGGAGAGGGCUCCCCACUCAGUGCUCCUGGAACUUUCCGAACUAGAGACUGGGACUUAUAGGAGCCUUCUAGAGGAAACUGUCGUGUUUUCACAGUGUCUGCGAGAUUAAUCUCUCAUGGCCGCUGCACAAGAACCUGGCUUUUAGCUGAACUAAGGAGAAAGUCCUACAACAGUUUGGCGUGCAACAUGGGGCUUGAGAAAGGAUGAGGACGGGGACUUGGUUGCCUUUUCCAGUGACGAGGAAUUGACAAUGGCCAUGUCCUACGUGAAGGAUGACAUCUUCCGAAUCUACAUUAAAGAGAAAAAAGAGUGCCGGCGGGACCACCGCCCACCGUGUGCUCAGGAGGCGCCCCGCAACAUGGUGCACCCCAAUGUGAUCUGUGAUGGCUGCAAUGGGCCUGUGGUGGGAACCCGCUACAAGUGCAGCGUCUGCCCAGACUACGACUUGUGUAGCGUCUGCGAGGGAAAGGGCUUGCACCGGGGGCACACCAAGCUCGCGUUCCCCAGCCCCUUCGGGCACCUGUCUGAGGGCUUCUCGCACAGCCGCUGGCUCCGGAAGGUGAAACACGGACACUUCGGGUGGCCAGGAUGGGAAAUGGGUCCACCAGGAAACUGGAGCCCACGUCCUCCUCGUGCAGGGGAGGCCCGCCCUGGCCCCACGGCGGAAUCAGCUUCUGGUCCAUCGGAGGAUCCCAGUGUGAAUUUCCUGAAGAACGUUGGGGAGAGUGUGGCAGCUGCCCUUAGCCCUCUGGGCAUUGAAGUUGAUAUCGAUGUGGAGCACGGAGGGAAAAGAAGCCGCCUGACCCCCGUCUCUCCAGAGAGUUCCAGCACAGAGGAGAAGAGCAGCUCACAGCCAAGCAGCUGCUGCUCUGACCCCAGCAAGCCGGGUGGGAAUGUUGAGGGCGCCACGCAGUCUCUGGCAGAGCAGAUGAGAAAGAUCGCCUUGGAGUCCGAGGGGCGCCCUGAGGAACAGAUGGAGUCGGAUAACUGUUCAGGAGGAGAUGAUGACUGGACCCAUCUGUCUUCAAAAGAAGUGGACCCGUCUACAGGUGAACUCCAGUCCCUACAGAUGCCAGAAUCCGAAGGGCCAAGCUCUCUGGACCCCUCCCAGGAGGGACCCACAGGGCUGAAGGAAGCUGCCUUGUACCCGCAUCUCCCGCCAGAGGCUGACCCGCGGCUGAUUGAGUCCCUCUCCCAGAUGCUGUCCAUGGGCUUCUCUGAUGAAGGCGGCUGGCUCACCAGGCUCCUGCAGACCAAGAACUAUGACAUCGGGGCGGCUCUGGACACCAUCCAGUAUUCAAAGCAUCCCCCGCCGUUGUGACCGCUUUUGCCCACCUCUUCUGCGUCCCCCUCUUCUCAUAGUUGUGUUAAGCUCGCGUAGAAUUGCAGGUCUCUGUACGGGCCAGUUUCUCUGCCUUCUUCCAGGAUCAGGGGUUAGGGUGCAAGAAGCCAUUUAGGGCAGCAAAACAAGUGACAUGAAGGGAGGGUCCCUGUGUGUGUUGUGUGCUGAUGUUUCCUGGGUGCCCUGGCUCCUUGCAGCAGGGCUGGGCCUGCGAGACCCAAGGCUCACUGCAGUGCGCUCCUGACCCCUCCCUGCAGGGGCUACAUUAGCAGCCCAGCACAUAGCUUGCCUAAUGGCUUUCACUUUCUCUUUUGUUUUAAAUGACUCAUAGGUCCCUGACAUUUAGUUGAUGAUUUUCUGCUAGAGACCUGGUACACUCUGAUUUUAGAUAAAGUAAGCCUAGGUGUUGUCGGCAGGCAGGCUGGGGAGGCCAGUGUUGUGGGCUUCCUGCUGGGACUGAGAAGGCUCACGGAGGGCAUCCGCAAUGUUGGUUUCACUGAGAGCUGCCUCCUGGUCUCUUCACCACUGUAGUUCUCUCAUUUCCAAACUAUCAGCUGCUUUUAAAGUAAGAUCUCUUUGUAGCCAUCCUGUUAAAUUUGUAAACAAUCUAAUUAAAUGGCAUCAGCACUUUAACCAA